AUGGUUACCUGGAACCCGACUCGACGGAAUGUCCGAAUACUGCUGGUCGGUGAUCAGGGAGUCGGGAAAACGUCGCUGAUCCUGUCGUUGGUGAGUGAGGAGUUCCCGGAGGACGUGCCCUCGAAGGCGGAGGAGAUUACGAUCCCAGCGAAUGUGACGCCGGAACAGGUUCCCACCAACAUUGUGGACUACUCAGCGUUGGAGCAAACAGACGAGACCUUGUCCGAGGAGAUCCAAAAAGCUCACGUCGUAUGCGUGGUGUACGCUGUGGACGAUGACGAGACGCUCGAUCGCAUCACAUCACAUUGGCUUCCAUUGAUUCGCGGCUGCUGCAGUGCAGAUCAAAGGAAACCGGUCGUUCUGGUCGGCAACAAAGUGGAUUUGGUGGAAUACUCAACGAUCGAUAAUGUUUUGUCAAUCAUGGAGGACUUCCCCGAGGUGGAGAGCUGCGUCGAGUGCUCGGCAAAAACUUUGCAUAACAUUUCAGAGAUGUUUUACUAUGCUCAGAAGGCCGUUCUGCAUCCGACGUCACCGCUUUACAUAAUGGAAGAGCAAGACCUUACGCCGGCCUGUAAGAAAGCAUUAGUGCGCAUUUUUAAAAUCUGUGACAUAGACGGUGAUAACUUACUCAAUGACUACGAACUGAACUUGUUUCAACGACGCUGUUUCAACACACCCCUUCAGCCACAAAUACUCGACGAAGUAAAAGCUGUCAUACUGAAAAAUAUUCCAGAUGGAAUUAUCAACGAUGCAGUAACGCUAAAAGGAUUCCUAUUUUUGCAUUGUCUGUUCGUGCAGCGCGGACGAAACGAAACAACAUGGGCUGUACUUCGACGUUUCGGAUACAAUGAAAACUUGGAAAUGUGCAAAGAAUAUUUACAGCCCCCAAUAAAAAUACCACCAGGUAGUAGUACGGAGCUGUCGCACCGAGGUCAGCAGUUUUUAAUAGCGUUGUUUGAGCGAUAUGAUAAAGAUGGAGAUGGAGCACUUUCGCCAGAUGAGCACAAAAUGCUUUUCAGUGUAUGUCCAGCUGCGCCUUGGUCUUAUUCAACCGAUAUUCGGAAGUCUUGUCCAAUUAAUGACAAUGGCUGGGUUACACUUCAUGGCUGGUUGUGUCGCUGGACACUUAUGACUCUGAUUGAUCUUCCAAAAACGCUUGAAUAUUUGGCCUAUUUAGGAUUUAAUGUUCACGAAAAUGAAACACAAUUGGCUGCUAUCCAUGUAACACGCGAACGAAGAAUUGAUUUAGCCAAACGACAGAGCAGCCGAUCGGUUUAUAUGUGCCAUGUAAUAGGGCAGAAGGGUGUUGGAAAAACAGCAUUGUGUCGUGGAUUUCUGGUAGAGGAUAUGAGAAAUUUAAUCGGAAAAGAAUUUCGCACAAAUAUUAUUUACUGUGUUAAUACAGUACAAGUUUAUGGCCAGGAAAAACAUUUGAUUUUACGUGAUAUUGAUAUGAAACAGGUCCUGGAUCCAUUACAGCCGCAAGAAGUAAAUUGUGAUGUUGCUUGUCUUGUUUACGAUACAUCGAAUCCAAGGUCCUUUGAGUAUAUUGCGAGAAUUUAUAUUAAGUACUACGCGGAAAGCAAAAUUCCAGUAAUGGUGGUCGGAACAAAAGGCGAUUUGGAGGAGCUGAGACAGGACUAUCUUCUGCAACCGGCCGAGUUUUGUUCAAAGUAUAAACUACUCCCUCCGCAUAUGUUCAGCUUGAAGAAUAAUAAAAAAGAAUUGUAUACGAAGUUAGCUACUAUGGCCGCAUUUCCGCGGUUCCAAGCCGCUUGGAUACUUUUCUAUAAGCACAGGUUGGUACAGCUGUGGGAAACAGCUCAUCUACGCCAAUUUGGGCUCCUGACUGAAGACCCAAUGAUUUGGUGGAAAGCCGGGAUCGGAGUAGCAGCGGCCACGCUAAUUGGAUUCUUCGUCCUGCGAGCCUUUCAGCAUUCAUCAUCGCAUACACGAUAAUAACUAUCAGAUCCAAAGACGGACAAGUGGUCAAAGAAGCAGUUGUUGAUUCCUCAAUAUUAUCUAGGUUUAAACUCGACGACACAAGCUUGAAGUGGUUGUAGAAACCGAAAGGACACUCGGAAACAGUAACUAUGUACGUAUUUUUCGUACAAAAUAUGAGAGAAUAUCAAGUAAUUUUUCUAUACCAUGAGUAAUACUUCCAUACACACACACACACAAAGCAAAUACUUAAUCAUUAUUGAUAUUUUUAACUCCUAAGAAACUAUUCUAAUUACAAUUUGUAUUAUUCGGUUGAGAUUUUAUCUGAUUUCAUAAAUGUGUAAAUAUUUCUUGAAGUGCGGAAUUUUGGCAUUGAAAAAACUAAAGAUUUUGUUCAAUUUUUUCUUGUUGCGAAGAGAAAAAGUUUUGGAACAAAGUAACGGACACCAAAUUAAGCCAAAUUACAAGAGAAAAUCGUAAGUCUUGUGCAUACUUAAAUCAGUAGAAGUAAUCAUGAUUCUUAUCGCUUAAUCACUUCUAAUUCCAUUUUACAUAUGGUGAUCGUAUUCGGAACAUUUUGAUUAUUUUUGAUAGACGCGUACAAAAUCGAUUAUUGUAUGGUUCUUUAUAACAAUUGAAUAUUAUUCUUGCAAUAUUGAGGUUCUAGUUUGUGUUGAGUUGAAGAUUUUAUUUUGAACAUGAUUGGGAUGCUGGAAUCCCUAUUGAAGCUUAUAUUUUGUUCUUAGCAACCAGAAAUUCAUGAAUAUGUUUUGUGCAGAUAUAUAUUUAUCAAAAUAUAUUAUUCUUAUACUUAAAAUUAAGUCGUAUGAAUAUAAAAUAAGAGAUGUAAAUAUUCAGUGCAAUAAACGAGAAUUUUAAGGAUUUUCAGUA